AUCGACUCGAAUUUCGCCUUUACAGCAUGCAACUGUAAAGGCAGUAGAAAUAAUGAUGAGAUUUUAUUAUUAGAAUCUUCACACCUCACCAAACCACACUGAUGUUUGUAAACAAGAUAAUAAUAUGCAGAGAGUGCAGAUACAGCUGUACUCCGAUUGGUACAAAUUUUUUACAUCUGCUGCGGAAACCGCGCCUACAUAGGACCAGUACAUGUUUCAGUUUGUGCCAAACAGGUACACUUUAAUGAAACUUUUAAGAGAAUAUAUAAAUGCAUCAAAAAUGAAUGAAAAGUUUAAAUUGUCUGUAAAAAAUUUAAAAUAAAAGUAGAUUAAAAAUUUCGUAUCUGUAAAAAUUUUUAUUUUGAAUUAGUUUAAAUAAAUAUGGCAACAUUAUUGAUUGACUCAAAUUAAAUAUUUUUAUGGCAACAGCUCAAUGCCCUUCAUCUUCUGCAUAGGAGCUACGAGUGUAUAAUGUCAGUUGCAGUCAUGUCUCAAUCUGAGCAGGAAAAACCUAAGUUUUGGACCGCUCCUUUUGAUCCUCGUUUUCCCAACACAAAUCAAACUAAAAAUUGCUGGCAAAACUAUCUUGAUUACCAUCGCUGUCUAAAAAAGAAAGGAGAAGAUUAUGAACCUUGUCAAUAUUUCAAGAGAGUUUAUAAAAUCCUUUGUCCUAAUGCUUGGCAUGAAAAGUGGGAUGAACAACGUGCUGAAGGAAGAUUUCCAGGAAGAAUAUAAAUCAAGUUGUUAGGAUUAUUCUCAUGAAUUUCCUUGUCAUUUUCUUCUUUUUUUUUUAAUUUAAUAAUUGUAAGAGAAAUAUAAUAAUCUUAUAUUUGUGUUACUUUAGAAUAAAAAGGUACAUUGUAUAGUU